AUGCCUUGGAAAGAUCACCUUAAGCGUCUUAAAAAUGAAUUCGAAAACCUAAUCGCAGAGCCACAGGCUCAGCAGCAGCCUCAACAACCACCCCCUCAGGCAUAUGCGCCCCCGCCGCAGCAGCAGCCGAUGGGCGCGCAGCCUGGACAGGUCUACUGGCAGCCUCAGUUUCGGCCUGAUAACCCCGUUAGCAACGACUGGGACGCAAAGAUCGGCAAUGCGGAUGGUUGGGGAAACCAGGAGUUGGAGUACUACACUGCCGAUCAGCAGAACGCCUUUUAUACUCCGGAUGGAAAACUUGUGCUUCGAGCCAUAGCAAACAAUGGUAACCCAAACCCAGAGCAGAAAUACACCUCAGCUCGGUUGGUUAGUAGGCAGACCCUGUCUCGAGACCAGGGAGUUCUCACUGCCGUCAUCCUCUCACCUUGUGCCGAGGGCAUCUGGCCAGCCUUUUGGCUCCUCCCACAGGAACCAUUCUCCUGGCCUGUAGACGGUGAAAUCGACAUUGCCGAGACCUGGAACGGAGAUCUUGAAAAUCACACAUGUCUUCACUGGGGUCAACAUCACGAACCUGAGAAGCACCGAGUCCUCGGCACCAGAAUUCCCGACAUGCAAUAUCGACCCGUCAAGUACGACUUUGCCUGGAUCCAACCUGGCGGAGAGGCAGGACAGGGCAGGAUGAUUUGGUACAUUGACGGCAGACCUGUUAUGAAGGCUGAGAUCCCUGCUGGCACGAGACCUGUGAGGGAAAUGACUAUUCUUCUCAACGUGGCUAUGGGCGGAAAUGUGUGCGGUGGAAAGGUUCCGGCUGAUGGGUAUUACGAUAUGGUCGUUCAUACCCUGUUCCUGGGUAGUGAGCCAGAGUACGGUGGUUGGCAUCGUUUUGACGCCGACUGGGGAAAUCCGGCUACACCUUUGGGAAAUACAUAUUGA